AUGACUGCGUUACUUUUCAUCGGGGUUGUCACCGUCAUGCUCGCCAGCCCCAGCGGGGUACGAGCUGGUUGCUGCUGCCCUUCAAUGUGGACUUCGUUUGGGCGCCAUUGCUACAGAUUUUUUUCCUACAACCUAACGUGGGAAGCUGCUGAAAUGAUUUGCCGUACUCAUUCAGUGCCCUCUCUCGGCGAUGGAGACUUAGUCAUAGACAGUUUAGGUCAUCUUGUUUCUAUUCAUUCUCGACAAGAAAACGACUUCGUUGACACACUUUUCAAAUCUUCGUACAAGAAACAGGGUGUAGGGUACAUGUGGAUAGGGUUUCAUGACGCCACAUCAGAUGCCAGCCAUGAGUGGAUAGACGGGACGGACAGUGACUACACUAACUGGUUUCCCGGUCAGCCCGAUGGAACAGGCCGAGAGGACUGCACCGAGAUGGUCUCUGCUUUCUCUGGUGAUUGGAACGAUGUGUCAUGUACAUCCACCCGGCAGACUUAUUUCAUAUGUAAACUACCUUCUUGGUCAUAGACAUAAUGAUUCAAGGUGAUGAGGAGCGGGGUUUAGCUGCAGCCCCUGAUUUUUUUUCUCCAAAUUCAAAUAAUCAGACAACUGUCAUCUCAUUUUUUAUAGCGAGGUUGAUCAUUGUAAAACACCGCCGGUUUUAGGCAGACCCUCUUUGUCUCUGCUAUUCACCAUGGAUCACGAUAUUCACCCCUAAUGUUCGUAUCGUAAUGACAACGUGUCCUUGCUUAACAGAAAGGCCAUAUUAAAAAUGUAAUCAAAUUCAUCUGCUAAGUACCUCACCUAAAUCGCCUGUAAUGAAUGAUUGUAUUUCGAUAGUCAUAAUGCGAAUUGAAUACAUUAAUUAUUGCAAGGUAGGACAAAUUUUAUAACUUAAUUUUCCUACCCAGCAACAAGUAAUGUAUGCGAUUAGCAUUCUAAGUAUUGCAAUACAAUUAUUCGUAACAGGUGAUUUACAUAAUUUGCAACGAGGCACUUAUAACAAAGAGUUGUGCAUUACAUUCGAUAACAUUGCAAAAAUGGCCUAUUGUGAAACUAUAAUGCGUGUAAGAAAAAGACCGAAUGUGAAUAAUUAAAAGGUCAAAGCGAGAUAUAUUUGUUGCCUUGAUUAGUACGUAUACACAUAUACAAACCUCUAUUCGAAACAGAUUAGAAGUAUGAAAACGUAGUUCUGUGCAGCACUUGAAUUUAUUGAAACUAAAGUUAGAGGUGAAUAUUGGAGUAGCGGCUUUUACUAAUGUUGGUUAGCAGGCUUAUCUUUGCUUAUCAAUCAUCAAUAAUUAUUACCCCCUCCCAAGCCAAUACUCGACAACAGUU